AUGGAAACCAAUGAUCCAGCAACUGGUUGCCUACGAUUGACGGCGAUUUGUACAGCUCAGGCGGGUUCCUUCGCCUUCAUGGAAUUCAACGUCGUCGAAGGUGGUCCGGCUGAGAAUCAGGAUAUGGGACAAACUGUUGAAGCUCUCCUGGAAUGCAUGGACGGUGCAUGGUUCUACAGAGGUGUUCGGCAAGUGAAUUCAGUUCAAUGCACCGAGGCUCCACUGCCGUAG